UCGAUUUAACCUCAAUGUUACAUAACCUCACAUUUGAAAAAAAAGCGAUUUUUUUCACAAAAUUGGACCUGGAUGGCCAUUUGCUGCACGUUUCAUACAUUGGGGCCCCUUUCUUGUGCUAUUUACAAAAAUAAUUACUACAUAAUCACUAAAAACAGCUUUAUUUGUGACAUAACCUCACAUUCACAAGAAGCUGUUAUUUACGAAAAUACCUCUGAACUGCGACUUUUUGCACAUUUCGUGUAUCGGGGCCCUCUUUCACGUAUUAGUUCACUCAUAAUUGGUAUUCAGUCGUUAGAAACAACAUUUUAUUUGACACAACCUCACAUUAAUUAAAACGCGAUGUUUUUACAAAAAUGGCCCUGAUUCGCUAAUUGCUGCUCAUUUCGUACAUCAGGGCCCCCUUCAUGUGUCAGUUUAAGUCAUAACUGGGGCCUAAUCAUCGUUAUCAACUUUUUAAUUGUGACAUAACAUCACAUUUAAAAAAAAACAAAUUGCUGUUGCACGUUUCAUACAACGAGGCCCCCUUCGUGUGUUAUUUUCAAUACUAAUUGCUACCUAAUCGUUAAAAACAGCUUUAUUUCUGUGACAUAACCUCAAUGUUAAAUUACAUUUGCGAAAAAAAGGGAUGUUUUGGGCCCCAAUUGCUUCUUGCUGCACAUUUUGUACAUCAAGGCCCCCUUCAUGUGUCAGUCUGAGUCAUAAUUGGGACCCAAUCAUCGUUAUCCAACUUUUUAUUUGUGACAUAACCUCAAUGUUACAUAACCUUACAAACAUUUAAACGCGAUGUUUUUCACAAAAAUGACCCUGAAUCGCUGUUUGCGGCACAUUUCGCACAUAGGGGCCUCCUUCGCGAGUUAGUUUGAGUCAUAAUUGGGGCCCAAUCAUCGUUAUUGACUUUUUAUUUGUGACAUAACCUCAAUGUUACAUAACCUCACAUGUGACAAAACGCGAUGUUUUUCACGAAAAUGGCCCUGAACCGCUACUUGUUGCACUUUUCUUACAUCGGGACGCCUUUUAAGGGGGCUCAGAGACAAGUCACCGGGAGGUUUCCCCGUCCUGAUGACCCGUCCACCGUGCAGGGGCAGCUCGAGAUGGCCUUGAAACAGCUAAACCCGACUAAUGACCCUGCGGUUUUCCUGUCUAGCAGGACCGAUUCUGGGGUCCACGCGUUGAAUUCCACGUGUCAUGUGGAUCUCUACCGGGCGAAUGGGCUCGAGUAUGAACCCAAGACGAUCACGAUUUGUCUUAAUCGGUUUUUCACCAAAAAUGAGGUCCCAAUUAGGGUGAUUAAGACGUUUUGGGUGCCCCCCGAUUUCCACUGUCGACAUACCCCCAUCUCGCGCACUUAUCUCUACCGGAUAGCCACCGCAAAGACCGAAAUAUUAGAAAACGCGACUUUAUUCAAUUUAUUACCAAUUGAGGAGUACCAACGGUGUUUAUUCAUCUAUUGCGACUCUUUCAAUAUUGACGAAAUGAGACAAGGGGCGAAAUUGUUCGAAGGAAUGCACGAUUUUCGGACCUUUAUGGGGCGCGGAUCACACGAGCUUGAUAAAAUCACCCGGAGAUUUGUCAAUCGGGUUGAGAUUUGCGACGGGGGGCCCUCAACUUAUAGUCCCUACAGUUGGCCCCCCGUGGCGACAGGGACCCGCGAGAAUUACCAGUUUUACAAUAUUUAUGUCGAAGCUACGGGUUUUCUUUACCGGCAGGUACGUCGUAUGGUGGCAUCGUUGGUAGCCCUAGCCCAAGGUAAAAUAACCCCUAAAGAGGUAAAAUUGAUGCUGGAAGUGCCCUCGCACCGCAGUUGGAACGACAGAAUAAAGACAGUCCCCGCAUACGGUCUGUAUCUUUGCGACGUCUCGUACGAUAGAUCAGUGUAUCGAGGGGGCCAAUAG